UUAUGAGCAUAAUAGAGGCGCUUUAAAAUCAAAAUAAAGUAACGACUCACGACUAGAAGCGCGGGUUUGUGGAAAUUAAAAAUAAGAUUACUUGACAUUAGUAUUUCUUCUAGGACAGAGAAAAAAGUAGUAUACGAAAAUGUCACAGUUUACGCAAACAAUAGAGGAACUUGACAAUUGUUUCGUGAAAACAGCGGGGAACAUUAUAAAGCACUAUGAUGACGAGGAAGAGAGGCAUAAUAUAUUGAAGGACUUAAAAGAUAUCUUGAAGAACAAUUGUACUGAGUAUGCGAAACUAAAGGCCGCAAAUGCGAUCAGACUGCAAAUGGAACGUCGGACCGACGAUAAUGAGAGCACAGAUGCUGUGAAAAACAUUACAAAAAAAUAUGCAGAGGCUAUAGCUGCGAUUAAAGUUAAUCCAUUGGAAGACAACCGACUGUUGGAGUACAACCGUCAGAUUGAAGGCCUUCUUCAAGCCAAUGAAGCUGCAUGUAAAACAGCACCGGAUGACACGGAUGCCGAUCUACAGCUGACAGACAGCCAAAUAAAUGUGAUUGACCCAAUCUCAAAGAUGAGAAUGACCGAUCCUGUGAGAAACAUGGUCUGCGGCCACGUGUAUGACAGGGAGAGUCUUGUCGCGAUGCUUCGAAAGAACAAGAACACUAGGUGUCCUGUGGUUGGUUGCACCAGCCAGGAUUACAUAGUCUUGAGUCAGUGUCGCCCUGACAUUGUGACGAAAACUUAUCUGGAAAGAAAUCCUGCUUAGAUUCGAGAGCGAUAGAUAAAAGUCGGUGAAUACACAGGUGUGUUAAAUUCAUUGAAUGUUCAUACUGCGUACACUUAUACAUUCGUAUUUUAUAUUGAUUAAAAACUCGUUAUCUUUGUUACGUCAUAUUAGAAAGUUGUUUCACUGCCAAGUUCAAAUACUGUUUAAAUACUAUUACGAAGAAAGAUAUAUAUUUUAUAGGACAUAGUAUUAUUACAGAAGUAAUAAAAUAUUUUUAAAUUA